ACUGCAGCUUGACGAAGCAGAUAGUUGGGACUUUACGAAUUGGACCUCGCCUGUCUCUGGAACGGAUACAAAAGCUGUUUUGUCGAGCACAAUGAUGCCCGAACCUUUAAAAUCGGCGAUGUCUUUAAACGCCACGGAGGACACGUCUCUCGCGCUGCCUUCGGAUCACGAGCUCAGAUCUGCGCAACAGAGAGUUCUGGAACAGGUUCACACCAUCAAGAGAAGCAAAUCCAAAUACAGCACUAAAAGUGUGCCUGGAUUGACUUCACCAAACAGCCCAGAAAGUGACAGUGUGUUUUAUGACUUCAAGUUCUCUCCUUCUAUGGCUCUCAGUGGACCUUCAUUCAACAGAGGAGACCGAGGAGGAACCAUGACAAGCGGGGCUAAGCAGCGGCAGAGCUUUGUUCACAAAUCCAUAAACUCCCAACAUGCCAGCGCUCAAAGAAGUGCAAGCACCGCGAGCAGGAAUGAUCAGUCGUACUACUUCCCUACAAACACCCUCCCCACCCAGCCCAGACCCAGCAGUCAACUGUUCGGCUCCAAAGCCACCCGCAGUGCUCCAGACCUUGGCUUCCAACCCAUAACAAAUGGCAGCACCACCCAACAAGGCCAAGCCAGCAGACAGACCAUACACAGGGUGGACAGGAUCUUCAGUCAGCCUGUACUGAACAGCACUAAUCAACCUUAUGGUAAUGGCACUUCUAUGAGGAUUGCUAACAGUAAUCAGGUGUUCGGCACUCGGCCUGUCAACAGACGAUCAUCUUCCAUACAGUCCAAUGGAGACUACAGGAUGUCAAUGGCCAAGACUGGACAAGCCAAUGUCUCUGGGAUGUACACAGAGAAGCUGAUGGCUGAUUUGACGAUGAAGGAGGCAGUGGAGUAUCUGUACAGUCCAGAUGAGAAGUAUCAACUGUGUGGCUCCGCCUACAUCCAGCACGCCACCUACACUGAUGACAAGGCCAAGCAAGAGGUGCUGACCCUGAAGGGCAUUCCUCAGCUGGUUAACCUGUUGAACAGCCCCAAUCUGCAGAUCCAGGAGACGGUGGCUGCUGCUCUUCGUAACGUGGUGUUCAAAAACCAACUUAAUAAAGAGGAAGUUCAGCGCUGCGGAGGAAUCAUGCAGGCCGUGCAGCUGCUCGGAGGCACCAACUCUGAGACACAGAAACACUUGACAGGUCUCCUGUGGAAUCUGUCCUCAGCAGACAGUCUUAAACCUGAUAUGCUCCGCACAGCUCUGCCAGCGCUCACAGAGAAGGUUAUAGAGCCUUUUUCAGCCAGUACAGACAACAAUGCCAACACCAGCCUGGCACCAGAGGUCUUCUGCAAUGCCACGGCAUGCCUACGAAACCUGAGCGCAUCCAAACUGGCCAACCGGCAAGCCAUGCGUAGCUGUAAAGGUCUUAUCGACUCACUCAUGGGCUACAUGAACAAUUGUGUUGAUGAAGGCAUACCAGAUAACCAGUCUUUGGAGAACUGCAUGUGCAUUAUUCAUAACCUCACCUACCAGCUGGAGUCAGAGAUGCCAACUCUUUUCACUAAAAUCAACGCCCUAGCCAGUUACGCCCGCAAACGUUCCAGUCCAUCAGAUGCCGGUCCGAUUGGCUGCUUCAGCUCUCAGAGCCAAAAGAUUCAACAGGAGAGUGGCUUUGAUUAUCCCGUGAUGGAGGAGAAUAAUCCUAAAGGUUCUGGCUGGCUCUUCCACUCUAAAGCUCUGCAGAUGUACCUGAAUCUGUUGAGCUCCAGUGAGAGAGAUGCUACUCUUGAGGCCAGCUGUGGAGCGCUGCAGAACCUCACAGCCAAUGACAGCAUAGUAUCAAAUGUUUUGAGUCAUACAAUCGUACAGAAGCUGAAUGGUCUGAAGUACAUCAGUCCAUUGCUGCAGUCAUCCAAUCCUGCGAUACAGAACAGCACAAUUGCUCUGCUCGGAAACCUGUCCAGAUCUGCACAAACAAAUAAAAGCAUGGCUCGUCAAACUUUACCGCAGCUGGUCGGCUUCCUGAACUCAGGGCUCACUCAGGGCGAUUCCUCACCCAAAUAUGACAGCACCAUGGCAACAGCUCUUCAUAGCGCACACACCCUGCUGAAGAUCGAUCCUGAGAUGGGCAAGAGUCUACUGAACAACAGCUUGAUCAACUCUCUCAACAGCAUGAGUCUCAAUCAUUGCCUGCCAAAAGCCAGCACAGCCGCCGGAGUUCUCCUUCACAGUCUGUGGUCGGAAAAGAACAUUCAAAGUUAUCUUAAAAAGCAAGGGAUGAAUAAGUCGUCGUUUGUGAAUGACAUAACGUCGGCAGCUUUCAAAUCACUUCAUGUUGUUGAGUAACCGGUGCUUAUACCAGAGGAAAAAACUACACAACAAACAAAUUGCAUUUUGAUUGCAUUACAUUUUAUUUGUGGUGAAGUAUUUCAGAAUAAUGGUAAGAAUUACAAACGUUUCUUUCUUUUGGGGGUAGUAGACACUUACUUUUUUUUUUUCUUCCUAUUUCUCAAGACCAUAGUAUUUUCAUUUAGUAAAGCAAUGUUUUUGUAAUCCCAUUAUUUGUAACUCCUUACAAACUGUUCUAAACUGCAGAUGCUUUUUUUAAUGAUAUUUUGUGAGUCUUAAGUGUUAUAAAAUGCAUUGUGUUCAAGUAUAUACAGGAUACGUAUAUGUCACCUGGGAGUGAUAAACUCUUAAGACGUUUGAUGACUCAUUUUUACUCAUGUUCUCAUAUAUAUUGUGCUCAAAACAAAAAGGGUGUGGAUCAAUUUGUCAUGUUUUAGUUCACAGUGAAAUUUCAAUAAAGUUUUAAAUACAGUA